AUGAAUGCUAAGGUAGAAAAGAGCAGUAAAACGGUUAUUGUAGCAGACAGGCAGGCACACCAAGCUGCUAGACAGAAAUUCCAAAUGUUUGUUUUUUAUUUUUUCCUAUUAAUAAAGUUAGUUACGGCGAGUAAAGUGGAGCAUGUAUGCCCAAGCAUAAAAAAUAUAAAAGAUUUCAAAUUAACUAACAUAAAGAUUAUAACAGAGGAUGGUGAAAUGGCAGUAAAGCCAGGAGGUCCGCUGUGUGGUCUUCGGGGCAGAUUGGUUAGCAUUGGCAAUUACAUAGAGAAUCUAAGACACCUUUUCCCAUAUAAUAUAAUAAAAAAUCCAUCAAAUCUAUGUGGGCCAUUGCAGCAGGCAGAAGGAUAUAAGUAUACUGCACACAUAAAAACAGAAUGCACGGGGUACAAUAAUGUACAGAGGACAUAUUUAGAAAAAUUCUAUAAAGUACUUGAAGAGCUAUUUCCUUUUGAAAAAAAUUACUUGCCUAUAAUUACAGAAAAAUUAGACUCAUUCUAUGCAUUUAUAAUAAAACAAUAUACAAUGGAAGAAGGAGAGACUAUUUUGGCAGCACUUUUUCUUCUAGCAGAGGGGGUUGAUCUGGACAUGAGAAUUAAUAGUAAUAUGAAUGGGGAUGUUUUUAUUUUAAAUACUUGCGAAAAGGACAGCCCGCUUAAAGAGUUUAAUCUUAGUGUGGAAGAUGGAACAUCAGUGCGUAACUACGAAGAGGAGCCGCAUAGAAAGAAGGCGCGUGUAUGCUAUAAAGCAGCUAAGGAAGUUAUUAUGUUUUUCAUGGACACUAAGAGGUAUAGAGAAGAUAGAGCAAGUGCAGAACUGCAAAUGGCAGAAACAUACCAGGAGUUUGAAAAGGGCGGGUUUCUUUAUACUCCAGAAUUUCUUAUACAGGCGUAUGUUUAUAAGCUCCUGAUAUUUCAAGAAAACAGGAGUCGAUUUGUUAAAAAAGUAUACUUUCUUCUCAACAAUUAUAUAAAUAUGGCUAUAGAAAAUAGAAAGCAGGAUGAUGUGAAUGCCUUGUUGUCCGUAAAAAAUCGUCUUUUUAAUAAUGCGGAUGAGAGUGCAAUAGAAGAGAAGCUAUGUUUAGAAUUGGUUAAAGAGAUUUUCGAUUUAGAAGAUGCGCGCAAACUGAUGCCUUUCCAUAACAAAUAUCAAAUAAAGGCUGCUGUAUUUUAUAUGCAGCCAGAGAAAUCAAAUGUUAAUAUAGAUGCCACUACUAGUAAUAACGAGCAGGGUGCUUCUGGCGGCUUAGAUAGCAGGCCUCAUUUUGUUAGUUACAUCGAGUCUACCAUACUGGGAUUUUUUUGCUGUUGUUGGUAUGAUUCUAAUAAGACAGAGUAUAUGGACAUAUGUCACACGAAUGUGCUUCAAAGCUGCAAAGACUUCUUUUUCCGAUACAAGGGGCGGUUUAUGGUGGAAAAUGAGAAAGUGUACUAUGACUGGAAUAGAGUGAUAAUGGAUGUGAAAAGGAGCGGACGUACCUUAUAUAUAAAAGAGUCUGGGCAGCUAUGUUCUGGGCUACUGAACAUAUUAAGAGCAAUUAGUGUGAUAGCAGGCAUAUAUAAUGAAGAAAAACUCCAUAUUAAAGACCUUAAAAAUAUUAUAAGCAGUAAUAAACCUGGUGGUAAAGUUACAUUUUAUAUGAAAAUCCAAAUCAUACAGUAUAUAAAACAUUUGCUCUUUAAAAUAUCAGGAAGUCAUAAUUUUAAAGUUUUGGACUUUAAGAAUAUUAAGAAAGAAAUAAUACAUGGUGUAGAAGAUAUAACUGGGGAGUUAAUCAUUCAGCGACUGGGUUCUGUUUCGUAUGGGUCAAAUUUAUUUUCUUGUAUGCAAGGAAAUAUAACAAUAAAAAUAAACACCAAUUAUGCGACGAUUGCCACGGAAAACAACAACUCGACCCUUUUGAAUAAAAAUCGGGUUGGUCGGCCUUCUAUUUAUAACUCGAAAAAACUACUGAAUUUAGAAGAAAACAUGUUUAUGGGGUGUUUGAUUGCUCACUACAAGCACUGCUUGAUGGCCACUCCGCAGAGAAUAUCAAUUGAAGUAUCAAACAAUAUAGAGAGGUUCUGCGGUAGAUGCGACAAUCUUCUAGAACAUAUAAAUAUGUAUAUUAUGAGCCGAAAUUUUCUAAGCGUACAACACCAAAUUGUGGUAGUCAAGGAAAUAUUAUUGAAUUUGAUGAAAUAUAGUAUACAUGUUGAAAUAACCAAAUAUUUUUUGUGUAAUGUAUUAGAAACACUUUUUAUAACUAAUGGGAACACAUUGCAAUAUUAUGAGUUAUUUCCAUAUUUUAUAGCUUUAAAUGACACUCUGCCUUUCUUGAAUAGGUAUAUUGAUAUAUCUAUGUAUGUUAACACAUAUGAUGGUACAAAAAAAUAUAUAAAAGAAACAAAAUACUUGCUGGAACGGCUGGCCAAUAUGCCAAGUCUAUUGCCUUUAUUCAAUGUUAUAAUAAAGUGUGCUUCCCUAUGUAAAGAGGGUGGUUCAUGUUUUUUAAAUUCGAUACUAUUCCAUUUAUCGACAGGGGAAACCAUUAAAAUAAUAUCAAAGAUUAUGUGCACAGAAGAUUUUAUGGACCAGAUAAAUCUAAUAUUGUCUAUCAUGAACAAUUCGCACAUAUACCACAAAAAUCAUUCAAAAAAAUUAAAUACUAAUACCUUUUUGGUAUUUAUUAUUGGCGCACUAUGCCAAAAUAACAAUAAGUACACUUUUUUAAUUCCUGCUUUUAUUAAAAAAAUAGAUAUUAAUGUGCCUAUUCGUAUAGAUCAGGAAUUUAAGGGGCUAAAGGAAAGAGAUUAUAUAAAAAAUAUAAUAAUGCAGCUUAAAGAGCUUAAUCGCUUUGAAUUCCUCUUAAGCCACGAAGAUUAUAUAAAAAUAUAUAAUUUCAUUAUCAAUGCGUAUACUUAUUAA